AUAUCGUUUGAAAUUUAUUGAAAGUAGAAAAUAAAAAUAUAAAAAAAUUAUAUUGAGGGAUGCUUUCUCAAUAGCGACGCCCUUGGCCGUCAGCUGUGUACCGUGAGCGCGCUCAAGCGGCAUAGAAGAAAAGUUUGGGCGGUUGACGAGCGCGACACCGUUCGGCAACCGAUCGUCUCUCGUGGUAUCUGCUAGCAGCAGCAGCAGCGGCAGCGGCGGCAGAAACAGCAGCACCACUGUCACCACCACCAUCAUCACCAUCACCAGACGAGUCGUAUCUCUUUGACGAAUAGUUUAAUCGCGAAAUUACGUGUCUACGAUCUAUCUCCUUUUUGUACCUAAAUACGAAAAAAAAAAGGAAACCAAAGAAAAAAGAAAGAAAGAAAGAAGAAUCUAAAAAAAGAAAACUGGAAAAUCCCCGUUCAUAGAAAACAAGAAAAGGAGGAGGAGGAGGAGGAAGAGGAAGAGGAAGAGGAGGAGGAGGAAGAGAACGAGGAAGAGGAGGAGGCGGAGAAGGUGGAGGAGGGAAGAGGACGAGUAAUCAGAACGACGAAAAGGACAAAAGAGACAAAGGAAAACCAAAGAAGAGUAGUAUAGUGUACAAGUGACGGCGACAGAAAGAGAAAGAGAGAGAGAGAGAGAAAGCAAGAAAGAAAGAAAGAAAGAAGGAACGCUUCGUUCGCUCGAUACGAAAAGAAAAACUCGUCUUCUUUCCUCGGCGUGCCUCCUUCGAUAUACGCACGUACACACAUACAUAUAUAACAUACACACACAAUCACGUACACGCAGAAAAUCACACACAUAAGCGUUAUGAACAUGACAGCAGUUGUUGAGUUAUAAGCUCGUUUCUCCUUCCUUCCUUCAUGGUAAAUGGUGCAGUAUAUAUUACGCAAGGUUAACACAGCAGUGUUUUAAACACUUGCUGGAACCACUUGCUGUAUUUGUAAAAAUAUGGAUUCCGAGGAGGAAACGCUCUAUGACGAUGUUGACUCUGGUAACGAGUCCAGCGGGGAUGAUGUGGAUUUUGCUAUGGAAAUAGAAUCUGGAAAUCAACGGGAACGAGCUACCGACAUCGACGAAUAUCCAUUUGAAAUUUUAUCCACAGAAGAAAUUGUACAACACAUGGUUGAUUCUAUAAAAGAGGUCAACACUGUAGUUGAAAUACCUGCAACAACAACGCGUAUUUUGCUAAAUCAUUUUAAGUGGGACAAAGAAAAAUUAAUGGAACGUUUUUAUGAUGGAGAUCAGGAAAAAUUAUUUGCAGAAGCACGUGUCAUUAAUCCAUUCAGAAAAGGUCCUGUGAUAAAUAGAAGUUGGUCCUCUCAAAAUUCCUUGUCUAGAAGAACAUCUGCAAAUGGAACAGAAGAAUGUGGAAUUUGUUUUAUGAUUUUACCAUCCUCUAUGAUGACUGGUCUUGAAUGUGGACAUCGUUUUUGUACCGGGUGCUGGGGUGAAUAUCUCACAACCAAAAUAAUGGAAGAAGGUGUCGGACAAACGAUCGCAUGUGCUGCUCAUGCCUGUGACAUUUUAGUUGAUGAUGCUAGUGUUAUGCGACUUGUUAAAGACUCAAAAGUUAAAUUGAAGUAUCAGCACUUGAUAACAAACAGUUUUGUUGAAUGUAAUAGGUUAUUAAGGUGGUGUCCAUCGCCAGAUUGUAAUAACGCUAUCAAAGUCCAGUAUGUUGAAGCAAGACCUGUUACAUGCAAAUGUGGUCACACAUUUUGUUUUCAUUGUGGUGGAGAUUGGCAUGAUCCUGUAAAAUGUCAUUUGUUGCGUAAAUGGAUCAAAAAAUGUGAUGACGAUUCUGAGACCUCUAAUUGGAUCGCAGCAAAUACGAAAGAAUGUCCAAAAUGUAAUGUUACCAUUGAAAAGGAUGGUGGUUGUAAUCAUAUGGUAUGCAGAAAUCAGAACUGUAAAGCUGACUUUUGUUGGGUAUGCCUUGGUCCUUGGGAACCACAUGGAUCUAGCUGGUAUAAUUGUAAUCGAUAUGACGAAGAAGAAGCCAAAGCAGCGCGAGUUGCUCAAGAUCAAUCAAGGUCUGCCUUGCAACGCUAUUUGUUUUAUUGCAAUAGGUAUAUGAAUCACAUGCAGUCCUUAAGGUUUGAGAGCAAAUUAUAUGCUAGUGUAAAAGACAAAAUGGAGGAAAUGCAACAACAUAAUAUGUCCUGGAUUGAGGUACAAUUUUUAAAGAAAGCAGUUGAUAUUUUAUGUUCCUGUAGGCAAACUCUCAUGUAUACUUACGUAUUUGCCUACUAUUUGAGGAAAACCAACCAGUCUGUGAUUUUUGAAGCCAACCAAAAGGAUUUAGAGAGUGCUACAGAAUGCCUCUCUGAAUACCUCGAAAGAGAUAUUACGAGUGAGAACCUUGCCGAUAUUAAACAAAAGGUUCAGGAUAAAUAUAGAUAUUGCGAUAGUCGAAGAAAAGUACUUCUAGAGCAUGUGCACGAAGGUUAUGAAAAGGAAUGGUGGGAUUACGUGGAAUAAGGAGAAGAAUGAAAAAUGCCCAGCUUUUCUUUUUUUUUGUCGUGAGAUGUAAAGUAAACAAAAAAAAGCCCUCUUCCUUCUCACCUCUGCCCCCAGCUGUGAUAAAUCAAGAAAGCUGAGAAAGAGAGAACAGACAGACAGAAUGUAGUAGAGCAUUGUUGGCAAAGUGAUAUGUACGUGUGUUACAUAUAUUUGAAAACACAAUUAUGACCAUCUGCGUGGCAACAAUAUUGAUAUAUAUAUAUAUAUAUAUAUCAGAUAUAUAAUAUAUAUAUAUAUAUAUCAGAUAUAUAAUAUAUAUAUAUAUAUAUAUAUAUAUAUAUUAUAAAUUUCGAACUUAUUAAAAAUGUGAAUUUUACCAUCAACAACAACCAACAACCAACAACAACAAGAACAAGAACAAGAACGACAACAACUAUUGAUUGAAUGUAACAUAACUUCGUGAUUGAUUCGUGCUUGCUGUGUAUACUGCACAUGAUUAUUAUACACCAUUAGUUAAUGCGAUAAAUAUGCCUCCGUUACGGCAUUGUAUUCUGAUAUUCAAGCGGACCUUAGAUAUGCACUCAGUUAAAAUUUUUUUAACCGAAGAAGAUUGGUAAAAGUGCAUUAUUAUAUUUAUUAUUAUGUGAUCCAACAAUGCAUAUACAUUAUACAUAUAUUAUUGCGAAAAGAUGAAUUUUUGUGCUUGUGAAAUUUAGAUGACGAUGAUUCUUUCUUCUCUUCGAUAUAUCCUUUUGAUGCUACAUAUAUUAUAUGAUAUCAGAUAAAUGAAUCUUUGCAAGAGAUAA